AAGCUUUUCUAGGAAUGCAAAUUUUGCUCUCAACACUCACACAAUGGACUGCAGUGUUCUUCCUAAGCACUGUAUGUGCUUGUGCUUGUUAGUCAUUCUGUUGAAAAAUUUACUUAAAAAAAUAAUAAAAGGCCUGCAGUGUGUUUCAUAAAACAAAAGCCUUACUGUCAGAAUAUCUGUCUCCAUCUCCAAAAGAGAAAACAACUUCACCAGAACACAGGAACUGACAGAGAUGAGAGUCUUCACUCCAAGAACAAGACGGAUCUGAGCUCUGCGCGUCUUGGCACUGUAAGAACAGGUCAUCCAGGACACACAGUUAAAUUAAGCACAAACUCGAAGGGAGACACCUAACUGCUUGAGCAAGCAUUCAUUUUCUGUCAUGAGAAAAAGGAAUCCUACAGAGAGGGAGACUGACAGAUUUGUUAUUUGCGCCUGUGGAAUCCUACAGCCUGAUGGAACAGAGGUCCUAUCAAUCCACAGAAUACUUACCUACUCAUUCUCAAAUAUUCAACUCCUUAUGUUUGAGAUCAUACUCUUAAAAUAUUUAAGUUAGGAAUGGGAAGAUGGUUCAGUGGGUUAAGCAUCUGCUUCAAGUGUGGGCACGAGAUUUCAUAUCCCCAGACCUCACACAAAGUCAGGGUCAUCUGUAAUUCCUGUCUUCCUAGAGCUAGAUGGGUGGUGACAGGGGAGAGUCUAGGAAAGCUCAGGGUUUAGCCAAAUCUGGCACAUGCGGCAGCAAACAAAAGAGACCUUGCCUCAGACAAGGUAGAAGGCAAUGGCCAACACCCAAGGCUGUCCUGACUUAAACACACAUGUACACAUUAGAGCAUACAUGUGUCUACAUACACAUCCACACACAUUUACAACAUACGUACACACAUACCAUACAGAAGACGUUUUCCCCCAAGUUUAAGAAAUAGUUAAGUUAGGUAACUUAACUCAUACAACAUUGUUUUCUCUAGAUUUUUAGUGUUUUAGGGCAGAAUGAAAGACAAACAACGUUGGCAGAAGUACUGAUAAACUAACACAGCUUAAGAUGGCCAGGUUUAUUUCUCAUCUAGAGAUAAAAAUAUAUGGACAGAUGGUUUGGAACUAGAGAGAAGGAAGCAGUAGCUGGCAAGACCACCACUCCCACUACCUUGCCCUAGGAUCCCUUGAGCUCUCUGAAGUAAAGUGCAGCAUAGCUGCCUAUUCUUUGAUCCCUGCUUGCCCAACUCUUCCUGGCCCAACAAGUACUAAGUACCAGUUUCAUUUUAGUCUCUAAGAUUAUCACUAUAAAAACAAAAAGCGCCAAAAUAAUACACAAAGCACAGAGUUUAACUUGGAGUUGAAACUUGCUGACACGUUUCUUGGUUUGCUACAAUAUGCCAGCGCUCAUUUUCUAUUGUUACUACUGCAAGGCAACCAGAGGCAUCUCCACCUUACAUGAGCAACACAGGAACAUGUUUCUUGCUUUUAAAUGGUUAAUUUGUGUCAGGAAGAGUCCACUGCCUGCAUCCUAUACUAUCUGUGUCUCUUUUUCUCUGUGGAGAGCCGUUACGUGCUGCGAGCAAUUGCAUGCGUGCUGCCAGUAAUCUCUGAGGAGAGCCGUGUGUGCCGCGAGCAAUCGCCAUUAUAAGAUGGCGCGGGCCUCUGCUGUGCCUAACUAGUAAACAAGCCUUGUACGCAGGUGCAAGAGUGAAUUCACUCCUAGUCACUCCCAUUCUCGGGGUGUAAUAGUGGGGUGAUAGGCAAGCAACGAACCAGGAGCUGUCACGCCAUAUCAGGUGCUGAAACGUCAUGCUGCGGGUUAUAAAAGCAGCGCCAUUUUCCCGGUUCGGGAUCUUCCUGAGAAGCAAGCAAUAAAGCUUUUGCCGCGGAAGAUUCUGGUUUGUUGCGUCUUUCUUGCCGGUCGAGCGGGACGCAAUAAGUGGCGCCGAAGAACCCGGGAACUGUCAUCACACCGGCGCAAGGAAGAUCCCUCGUUCGCGGGGCAGAAUCAGAACCGUGGGACAAAAGGCUCUACAAGGUACGUACAAUCUUGAAAUUUCUCCAGAGUUAGAAGCCCUUUUGAUUGUUUGCACGGCGAUUAUGAGGAUUGUCAGCAAAUAGUAGAAGCAGGGCAGAAAGUUCUGGACGAAAUUCAAGAAAGUCUAUCAGAGGUAGAGCGGGGAGAGAGAGUAAAAGUAGAGAGGAAACAAAGUGCACUGAAGAAUUUAGGCCUUUCCAUGGGCCUUGAGCCCGAGGAAAAGAGAUAUAAAGGAAAGAAUGCCUUGGGAGAGAUUAGAAAAAGGGAUGGAAAGGGAGAGAAGAAGGGAGAUCGAGCUGGAGAGGCACAUAAGGAAAGGAGCCUCUACCCGCCACUGGAUGAAUUUAAGCAGCUAACUCUUAGUAGUUCAGAACCAGAUGAAGGAGUUAGCGCCUCUGAAGAAACAGACUCGGAGGAGGAAGCAGUUCGUUAUAAGGGAGAAAGGUACCAGCAAGAUAAAAUGUAAGCUACUCAGUCCAGAAAAAGGCAAAAAGCCGUUGGCGAAAGCCAGCUUGCUGCUCGGCCUCUGGACUGUCGGCUUCAGGGUCCUAGUGCACCUCCGCUUUAUGUGCAGAGGUACUGGUCAAUUUUUACCUACUCCUCAUGUACGGGUAAACCCUUGUGGCGUCAGGCCAUUACAGGUCUGGCAAAUGGAUGUCACUCAUAUUUCCUCCUUUGGGAGAAAUCAAUAUUUACAUGUUUCUAUUGACACCUGCUCUGGUGUAAUGUUUGCCACACCUUUAACAGGUGAAAAAGCCUUUCAUGUUAUACAGCACUGCCUAGAAGUGUGGAGUGCUUGGGGCAAGCCCACAAUUCUUAAAACGGAUAAUGGGCCAGCAUAUACUUCUAUUAAAUUUCAACAAUUUUGUCAUCAAAUGGAUGUCACUCACUUGACUGGCCUUCCUUAUAAUCCUCAAGGACAAGGCAUUGUGGAACGUGCCCACUGCACACUCAAAUCUUAUCUUAUAAAACAAAAAGGAGAGUUGAUGAGACUCUGCCCUCAGUGCCAAGAGUAGCGGUAUCUAUGGCACUCUUUACACUUAAUUUUUUGAAUCUCGACGAGCAGGGACGCUCUGCAGCUGAGCGACAUAGCUCAGACCCUGAUAGACCAAAAGAAAUGGUCAAAUGGAAGGAUGUUUUAACUGGUCAGUGGAAAGGCCCGGAUCCUAUCUUAAUCAGAUCCCGGGGAGCUGUUUGUGUUUUUCCACAGAGUGAAGACAACCCAUUUUGGCUGCCAGAACAACUCACCCGCAGGAUAUUCAUCAAGGAUGGUGCAGAAGAUGCUGACCUCCCGAGGACUGUUCCUGAUCCUGACAAUGCUGAACUUGUCUCAGGUUCCUAGUAUAAUGGGCGAGCAGAGAUGGGCUAUUCUCUCGACUUUCCCUAAACCAAUGCCAGUUCGCCAUGAUGCUAUAGUUUUUCCAAAAUUCUUUACUACUGAUAAAACAGUGGAUUUGCCAUAUUUACCCUAUGAUCCCACCCGAGCACCAUUAGGAGAAAAUCGCUCUUUACUAGAACAGGGUUCUUUAUGUUUUCAAAUUAAUGGACCAGGAAAUUGUAUCAACCUCACAGCCCGAGAUUUGGGGAAGUUUAAUGAGCAUCGAGGAGGUUGGGUGAGCACAACCCAAGAUACUUCCAAUGUAGAUAUAACCUUUACAAAUCGGACCUUUUGGCAGGAGGUAAAUUGGGUUAAUGGUACAUUUCUACCACCUAACUUUUCAGACAAAGAACGUCCACACCAACCAAAAAUAGCCCCUCAUUGUAGUUUGGAAGAUGAAGGGCUGAUCCUGCCUUGGUCUGAUUGUCAGUCCUCCAUCACUCAUUGGGCAGAUCAGAGUAAAACCUUUUCCUUUUCUCCCAACAUGAUAGAUGACCCAGAGAAGGAAUUUGUUAUGAAAAAGGGACUUUUCAUACAGGACUUUAGAAUGCAUCCCUUUCACAAGUGGGUGCUUUGUGGAGUCAAUGGCAGUUGUACAGAACUCAAUCCUUUGAUCUUUAUCCAGGGAGGAGCAGUUGGAAAGGCUUCUUUUACUGGCAUCUCAAGAUUUGCUCAGUAUUGGGGAGUACAUGAUGCCUCCCAGGACUCUUAUGGAUAUACUAAUACCAGUGUAGAGAUCACUGGGUUCAAUAAAACUUUGGUAAACCAGAUUAAUUAUCCAUCUACCCCAGUCUGUGUUUACCCCCCUUUCUUGUUUAUUCUUUCAAAUGAUUCAUUUGAAGUCUGUUCCAAUGAUUCUUAUUGGAUUUCUCAAUGUUGGGAUGUAACAAAGAACACCCGUGCCAUGGUGGCACGGAUCCCACGUUGGAUCCCUGUUCCGGUGGAAACACCCUCCACCUUAUCUAUGUUUCGACAAAAGAGAGAUUUUGGCAUUACUGCUGCCGUGAUCAUAGCAAUUUCAGCCAGUGCAGCUGCUGCUACAGCUGCAGGGUACGCUAUGGUUAGUGCAGUUCAAUCAGGCACAAAGUUAAAUCAGCUUUCAGCAGAUCUGGCUGAUGCCAUCACUGUCCAAACUUCUGCUACUACCAAGUUAAAGGGAGGGCUGAUGAUUUUGAAUCAGCGCCUUGACCUGGCGGAGGAACAGAUAGGUGUUCUAUACCAGAUGGCCCAGUUGGGUUGUGAAAGAAAACUGGAAGCUCUGUGCAUUACCAGUGUCCAAUAUGAAAAUUUUACUUAUGCAGCUAAUCUGUCUAGACAGCUUUCUUUAUAUCUUGCAGGAAACUGGUCUGAAAGAUUCGAUGAGACCCUUGAGGCCCUGAGAGCGGCCGUUCUAAAGAUCAACUCGACACGAGUGGACCUGUCAUUGACAGAGGGCCUCUCCUCCUGGAUUUCAUCUGCCUUUUCUUAUUUUAAGGAAUGGGUGGGGGUAGGUUUAUUUGGCGUUGCCACCUGCUGUGGACUUGUGGUCAUGCUCUGGUUGGUUUGCAAGCUCAGAACCCAACAAACACGUGACAAGGUUGUGAUAACUCAAGCACUUGCUGCCAUUGAGCAAGGGGCCUCCCCUGAAAUCUGGCUAUCUAUGCUCAAAAAUUAAUUGACAUUGGUGGCUGGCCUCUUUUAUAGAGUUCGCCCUAGGUCAUUUAGUAGUUAAUGUCAUAUAGCACUGCGGUAUCCAGGGACGGGCAACUUUCCUCAUGCACAGAUCAACCUAAGACACGGGGCCCGGUGGCGAUAGGGUUACCCUAUGACAGGAAAGGCUGUGACAUUGGAGGAACGACCUAAGACAGGAGCCACAGCGGAUGGGCAUAAUUACACAGGCCUAGACCAGCCUCAAAUUUUAAUAAAAUAAAAAGGGGGAUAUGUGGAGAGCCGUUACGUGCUGCGAGCAAUUGCAUGCGUGCUGCCAGUAAUCUCUGAGGAGAGCCGUGUGUGCCGCGAGCAAUCGCCAUUAUAAGAUGGCGCGGGCCUCUGCUGUGCCUAACUAGUAAACAAGCCUUGUACGCAGGUGCAAGAGUGAAUUCACUCCUAGUCACUCCCAUUCUCGGGGUGUAAUAGUGGGGUGAUAGGCAAGCAACGAACCAGGAGCUGUCACGCCAUAUCAGGUGCUGAAACGUCACGCUGCGGGUUAUAAAAGCAGCGCCAUUUUCCCGGUUCGGGAUCUUCCUGAGAAGCAAGCAAUAAAGCUCUUGCCGCGGAA